AUGACACAACAGCAGCAAUCAUAUACUAUUUGGUCUCCACAAGAUACAGUGAAAGAUGUUGCUGAUUCGUUGGGGUUGGAGAAUAUCAAUGCUGAUGUUCUCAAAGCAUUAGCAAUGGAUGUGGAAUAUCGUAUCUUAGAAAUCAUUGAACAAGCUGUAAAGUUCAAAAGACAUUCAAAGAGAGAUAUGCUUACUACAGAUGAUGUAGCGAAAGCUCUAAGAGCACUUAAUGUUGAACCAUUAUAUGGAUACCAUGAUGGGUCAGCUGAAAACAAAAAUGUUUCAUUUGGGAAAGUCACCACAGGAGGUCAAUCUAUCUACUAUUUGAAUGAUGAAGAAGUUGAUUUGGAUAAAUUAAUUAACGAACCGUUACCACAAGUCCCUCGUGUACCAACUUUCACUGCACAUUGGUUAGCUGUCGAAGGUGUCCAACCAGCAAUUAUAGAAAAUCCAAAUCUAAAUGACAUUCGAGCUUCACAACCUCCAUUUGUAAGAGGAGCAAUAGUGACAGCUUUAAAUGAUACCAGUUUACAAACAUCUACCACCUCUAACGAAUCUGCAAUGAUAGUGUCAGAAAAUAAAGAGUCAGAUCAUUUCUCCAUUGUGAAACCAGGUCAAAAUACAGAAGUGAAACCAUUAGUUAAACAUGUUCUAUCCAAAGAACUACAAAUAUAUUUCAAUAAGGUCAUUGCUGCAUUAAUAACAACAGAUACAGAAAAUCCAGAUGCUCAAUAUAUGAAAACAGCGGCCUUAACCUCUUUAAGAACAGACAGUGGUUUACAUCAAUUGGUACCAUAUUUCAUACAAUUUAUUGCCGAGCAAAUUACACAUAAUCUCUCGAAUUUAGAGUUAUUAACAACAAUUUUGGAAAUGAUUUAUUCGCUUCUAAGUAACACAUCUAUUUUCCUGGAUCCAUAUAUUCAUUCAUUAAUGCCAUCCAUAUUAACAUUACUAUUAGCCAAGAAACUCGGUGGUACAUUAACACAUGAUACACCGGAAGAACUUCAUGAAUCCCUCGAAAGAACAAAUGCAUUACGUGAUUUUGCUGCUUCUUUAUUGGAUUAUGUGCUUAAGAAGUUCCCACAAAUUUAUAAAUCAUUGAAGCCAAGAAUUACAAGAACACUUUUGAAAACAUUCUUGGAUACAAAUCGUGUCUUUGGUACAUAUUAUGGUUGUUUGCGUGGUAUAUCUGUUUUGGAAUCAGAGUCCAUUAGAUUCUUUUUGGGGAAUUUAUAUAAUUGGGCAAGAUUGGUUUUCAAUGAACAAGAUUAUACGUUGGAAGAUUUAGACAAGGAGAAUUUUUUCGAAAAUAAUAGCAAUAAGAAAUUCUCAAAGGAAGAAAUCGAAUACCUAGUAAAUACAGUAAUUAAUGCUAUAUGUGUGCUGAAGAAUGAUUUGCCGGAUAUCUAUUCAGGUAAAGACGAAGAAGUCAGUGAAGAGGAUAAGAAAAAACUGGUAGAACGAUGUGGUGUUACUAUAGCAAGCUCCAUAUUAAAAAGAGAAGACGCCAAAGCCUUAAUAUGUGCUAUAUUCUUUGGAGAGAAAGUAGAAUAA